UGGGCUAUCUGACUGUAUUUUAGGACGACGGUAGUAGCAGCAGCUGCCUUCUUGGAUGCCUUUCAGAAAGUGGCUGACAUGGCGACCAACACACGUGGUGCUACCAGAGAAAUCGGUUCUGCUCUGACCCGAAUGUGCAUGCGGCACAGAAGCAUCGAGUCCAAGCUCAGGCAGUUUUCAAGUGCUUUAAUUGACUGUCUAAUCAACCCACUUCAAGAGCAGAUGGAAGAGUGGAAAAAAGUGGCCAACCAGCUGGACAAAGACCAUGCAAAAGAAUACAAGAAAGCCCGCCAGGAGAUAAAAAAGAAAUCCUCAGAUACACUGAAACUUCAGAAGAAAGCAAAGAAAGGUAGAGGAGACAUCCAGCCUCAACUGGACAGCGCGUUACAGGACGUGAAUGAUAAAUACCUACUUCUUGAAGAAACAGAGAAGCAGGCCGUUCGGAAAGCCCUGAUUGAAGAACGUGGCCGAUUCUGCUCAUUCAUCUCCAUGCUACGGCCUGUCAUCGAAGAAGAAAUAUCCAUGCUUGGAGAAAUAACUCACCUGCAGACCAUAUCAGAAGACCUGAAAAGCCUCACCAUGGACCCUCACAAGCUGCCACCAUCAAGUGAACAGGUAAUUCUAGAUUUGAAAGGUUCUGAUUACGGCUGGUCCUAUCAGACUCCUCCGUCUUCUCCAAGUACCACCAUGUCCAGGAAAUCCAGCGUCUGCAGCAGUCUGAACAGUGUUAACAGUAGUGACUCCCGGUCAAGCGGCUCGCACUCUCACUCACCCAGUUCACACUAUCGCUACCGCAGCUCCAAUCUGCCUCAGCAGGCGCCCAUGAGGCUCUCCAGCGUGUCCUCGCACGACUCCGGAUUCAUGUCCCAGGAUGCGUUUCAGUCCAAGUCGCCGUCCCCCAUGCCGCCGGAAGCGCCAAGCCAGUUGUCUAAUGGGUAUUAUCACUGUAGUUUGUCCAGUGGCCCACCCUUAGCCUCAGUUGGUGCAGGUCCUCCCCCUCAUGUCCCGUCUGUUUCUCACGCAUGGACCCGGGCUGCCUCCUCCUCCACCCUCCUUCCAGACUACGCUCAUUAUUACACCAUUGGGCCAGGCAUGUUACCAUCAUCUAAGAUCCCUAGCUGGAAGGAUUGGGCUAAGCCAGGUCCUUAUGACCAGCCCAUGGUAAACACUUUGCAACGCCGCAAGGAAAAGCGAGAAGGGGAUUCUGCUGGGGGAGCAGCACAGAGUGGGCCGCCUCUGUCUGCCGAAGAUGCCCAAAGACCCCGGAGCAUGACUGUGUCGACCGCCCCAAGGCAAGGAGAGGAGAUGGAGGCGUGUGAAGAGCUGGCUCUCGCUUUAACCCGUGGGCUACAGCUAGACACCCAGAGGAGCAGCCGUGAUUCCUUGCAGUGCUCCAGUGGCUACAGCACACAGACAACCACACCUUGCUGUUCAGAGGACACCAUUCCCUCACAAGUUUCAGAUUAUGACUACUUUUCCGUCAGCGGGGACCAGGAGCCGGAACAGCAAGAGUUCGACAAGUCUUCAACGAUUCCAAGGAACAGCGACAUCAGUCAGUCUUACCGCCGCAUGUUUCAUGCCAAGCGUCCUGCUUCCACAGCAGGCCUCCCCACCACGCUUGGGCCCGUGAUGGUGACCCCAGGCGUAGCCACCAUCCGACGGACCCCUUCUACCAAACCGGCCGUCAGACGUGGGACUAUCGGGGCAGGGCCAAUUCCCAUUAAGACCCCUGUGAUUCCGGUCAAGACACCGACUGUUCCAGACCUGCCAGGAGGACUACCCAGUUUGCCGGCCGGAGCAGAAGAAAGCCCUGAGCUUUCUAGUCCUGAGGCAGGAAGCAGCAGCAGCCAAGCAGCUGUGGGCACGUCCUCAACACGGAGCAGUCAAGCGUCUGUCAACCCUCCUGCUGUGGGCCCAAAGCCAAACGCCACAGAGGAGCUGAGACAAGCCACUACCGAAAUUGAGGGAGAGGAAAGCGAAAGGGGGAGCCCGGGCCUCACUGCUCCCCCUUGCCAGCCAGCACCUCAGUUGGGAGCCCAAAAUGCCAGCGAGGCCCCGCAAGGUGAGGAUAUGCUGAAUGCGAUUCGCCGCGGUGUCAAGCUGAAGAAGACCACCACGAACGACCGGUCAGCACCCCGCAUUUCUUAGAGGCCGGACCACUGCCAGAGAGUUACCAUCUUCACAGAGACUCGGAACUACCUGAUGAAACCGUCUUUUGUCUCUCUAUUCAUUCCACUGUACAAUCAAGGAGGUUUUGUAGGAUGUUCAGUAACAGAUAGAUGGAGACGUUCUAGAAAGUGGAGGGAGGGAGGGAAUUUGCAAACUAAAAUCAUUAAGGAGCAAUGUUUUCCUCUCUCGUAAGUUUCUCCUCCUUCCCCAUUUUUUUUGUAAAUAUGGAUUUCUUUUUCUUGCCUGCUUUUUUAAAGAAAUCAGCGUUCCCUUUUUAAUUUUUUUUUCUGAAGGUGCCAAAUCCCAUUUAACUUUUUUAUAUAUCUUUGUAAAAGUUUUACAUCGCAUAGGAGAAAGAUUACAAUAAACAUGAAGUAGCUUAAACUUCAACCGGAGGGGCAGGAGGGAGGCUGCCAUGCAUUCUCACUCUUGCAGGGUUGUAAUAAAUCCCUUGCCAUGCAAUAGCAAGGACCCAGAAACCAGUUGUUACUUUACUGUACAAAGGACAAAGUGAGACAUAGGUCCUCCAUGAAGUUCAGCAAUGAAUUGUUUUUGUUUCAAGAGCAGGAAACAGCAGCUGAUUGGCUAAAGCAAUAUAUAGAUAUAUAUAUAUAUAGUGGAAGAGAGAGCAAAGCCUGUAACUGGUUUGUGUUUAGGGGGUUAGGAAAAGGGGAGGACUUAACUGUUGCACAAAAGUAGCCUAGCAGUAGCUUCAUGGUAAACGCGUCCAAAUAAGCCAUAUUGUAUUGCUGUGUUUGUUUAAAUAGAGUGUUUAAAAGAUUUUGGGGUGCUGUCCACUAGGAACUUUUUCUGCAAUGGUCCCAUUGGGUCGUACAAGAUUUCUUGCCCAGGAAAAGUCUCUGUGGACUGCUCCCUGGUUUUCUUUAGUUUGGUUUUGAAUAUUUUCCCUUUCGGAAUAUCAAAAGCAACAUCUUCAGUUAGUUCACCCCAUCUUAAACCAGGUAGACUUUAAAAAAAGAGAUUUUCUUGCUUCGCUUUUUUGUUCCUUUCCGAAAACGACAAUAUACAUUUACAAGUGAAGACAGAAAUGUGUUAAAUUGUUGAUAGAGAGAGAGAGAGAAAGAAAGAAAUACCAGGGAGUUCUUCAUUCUAACUUUAUACCUUCUACAGGCUGUGCCCAGCAGGCUGGGCAGCUAAAGAAACAAACAGGAAAAGCCCCAAAUAGUUUUGAGGAAACAACUCUUAAAAGCUGUUGGGCAACCAACUGGGAAUCCCAGUCAGACUACAAACAUUUCUUUUUGAGGGGCCUGUUUUUCUUAAGUGUCAUUUUGGAUUGGCUUUUCCUAAACACUUCUCAAGAUUUAUGGGGAUGUGGGUGGGAUGGGUAGACACUUUUUGGUUUUAUUUAUCAGCGAGGGAGGGGAUUGACCACUGCUUUCUUUUUUAUUGUUCUCAGCAACGUAUUUUGGGGGAGGAGGGGAAUGCUGUUAAUACAUUUAUAUAGGUGGGGGGUUUGUUUUCUUAAAAUGAAAAAAAAAUAUUGCUGUGAUAUAUCCACUUCACAGGAGGUCGGUCGAAACGUGCAUAACUCAGGCACCACAGGCGUUCCAGUUUUGUGAUUUUUUAGAACAUUCUGCAAUCUUAAAACGGAUACCUUCUGCCUUAUCUCUACUAUGGGCAACGCAAGCGGUAUUACAGACAACAGACCUGUUGUUGUGUUUGCAGUUGCGAAGGCGCAACCUGCAGUGGAAGGAGCUAGGUCUUGUGUAUGCGCACAAUCUACUCUUCCAUGGACACUCUGGAGACUCCUUUUGGCUGCCAUCUUGCCUACAUAACCUCUUUAUUGCUUUAAAUACAUAACUGCAUUGGAUGUGAAAACGUAUCGUAAAACUGUUAUUAGUCACUGUGUUCUAUAUACAUUUACACUGCUGUGGUUGCUUAACACUUUUUUAUGUUAUGGCUUCAGAAGCAAAACAAAAAAAAAAGCAUGAUCCCUGAAAGAUAAGCUCCCCUGUCUUUGCAAAACAAGCUCCUUUACUACAAAACGGACACAGACACACGUAAACACAAACAGCGGUGCCUGCGGUACAAAAGCCCUGUCAGUCUUGAUGAAAUAGCGGAUGCGUUCUGCAAAUGAUGCUUCAAGAGAUUUUCAUUCAACAUAUUCUUUUUUAAAAAAAUGUAUGAACAAACAAAGAGAAUGCAGGCUGUCAAUAUUAUUUCCUGGCUCAGUUUGGGCUCUUCUGUAACUCCCAUUUCCUUCAUUGGGGCUUGGGCAGGAGGCAUUCCUGAUGAAUUGCAUCCAAAACUCACAUUUCGGAAACCUUUUGGAUGCAGCUGUACCCAGAAGGGCAGCUUCUUUCGUUCUUUAAGCACUAGAAUUACCCUCAAGUUAAAUUUAUUUUAUUACACGGUUGCCAAAAUUCAAUGUUAAAACGUGACAAACCACUUUGGAUAGUUCUGUUGGGUCUAUUUUUUUUCCUUUGUGUUCCUUGCCUAUUGUAAAAGCAGUGUCACCGUUUAAAAAAAUGUUUCUAAUGGUAAGUUAUUGUGGUUUAGUUGCUAGUUUGUACUGAGAGUUGACCUCUCUCCCAUGCAGCGUUUUUGUUCUGAACUGCUAUAAAUAAAAAUUGCUGUUAACUGUGUUGCCCUUCUACAUUGUAAUGAUUGCUUCAGCCUAUAUUAUAAAUAAAGACCUGCUGAUAAA